AGGGAGUUUCCACUAUCUAAAGUACCAUGGAUCUGCCUGUGGAUGAGUGGAAAUCAUACGUACUUCAGAAGUGGGCUUUGCUCCCAAAGUCCAUUCAGGUCACAAUUUGUACAGCAGAGACUUUGAGUGAUAUCUUUCUUCACUCCUCUUUGCUUCUUCAACCUGAGGAUGAGAUGUUUUUAAAAAGGCUUUCUAGAGGUUAUUCUGUGGCAAAGGACCCUAGCGCUCCCCUUUUCUACAGAGAAGAAGGAAACAAAAAAUUUCAGGAGAAAGAUUACAUGGGAGCCACAGUGCUGUACUCUAAGGGAGUGUCACAUUCAAGGCCAAACACUGAGGACAUUGCAUUGUGUUAUGCCAAUCGCUCUGCAGCCCUCUUCCACCUGGGUCAGUAUGAAACAUGUCUUAAAGACAUCAGCAGAGCACAGAUGCAUGGGUAUCCAGAAAGAUUGCAGCCUAAGAUGAUGUUACGUAAGGCAGAGUGUCUGGUGACCCUGGGGAGACUACAGGAGGCAAGCCAGAUCAUCAGUGAUCUUGAAAGUAAUUUCACUGCCAAACAAACCCCAGCAGCUCCCCAGUUUCAAACUCUGCAGAGCACCCUCUGUCGUCUGAAAAUGAAGGCACAAGAAAAGGAGAAUCUCACAGAAACCUUCCCAGCAGCUCUAACCCAUGCCUUUGAGGACAUGAACUUAAGGGAAGAGAAUGAACAAAUUUCCAGUGCAUCACCAUCUGUCAGUUUAUGCACAGACCCUUUAAAAGGCCGCUGUCUGAUUGCCACGAAAGAUAUUCUCCCAGGAGAGCUCCUGGUGAAGGAGGAUGCUUUUGUGAGUGUGCUUAACCCAGGAGAAAUGCCACCACUGCAUUAUGGCCUGGAGAGCAAGCGGAAUACCAGAGUUGCCAAUGGGGAUCUCUACUGUCACCGGUGUUUGAAGCACACUUUGGCCAUGGUUCCCUGUGACGGAUGCAGCUAUGCCAAGUAUUGCAGCCAGGAGUGUAUGCAGCAGGCCUGGGAUCUCUACCAUAGCAUAGAGUGCUCUCUAGGGGGGCUGCUUCUCACACUGGGGGUCUUUUGCCACAUUUCCCUGAGGUCCACUCUUUUAGCUAGAUUUGAGGAUGUUGGCAAAGUCAUAAGGAAGCUUUGUGGUGAGAUUAGUAACAAGGAUCUCUCUCUACCUGAAAGCAAGAAUCUGGUGCAAACACUCAGUUAUGACCUAGGAGAGGAGAGUGAGAAAAAUGGCAAAACAAUGGAGCCCCCAAUUCCUGGAUGUGACAUUAAUGGAAAGUAUAUAAAUAAUUAUAAUGCUGUCUUACACCUUUUGCCCCAUACUAAAAAUCAUAGCCCAGAGCACAAAUUCCUCUGUGCCCUAAGUGUUUCUGCACUAUGCAAGCAGCUGGAAGCAGCCAAUUUACAGACCCUCCCAAGUCAGGAAUCCUCACAGCCCAAAGCAGCAGUGGUUCCUGCGAUGUGUCAAGAGUUGCAUAUUUGGGGAGUGGCCAUGCUGAGACACAUGUUACAGCUUCAGUGUAAUGCUCAGGCAAUAACUACCAUACAGCAAACAGGAUCUGAAGAGAACAUCGUUACCGACAGCAGGCAGGUACGCCUUGCCACGGGCCUCUUCCCCGUUGUCAGCCUCCUGAACCAUUCCUGCAGCCCCAACACCAGCGUGUCCUUCCUUAGCACUGUCGCCACCAUUCGGGCAUCGCAGCAGAUUGGAAAAGGGCAAGAGAUUCUCCACUGUUAUGGGCCUCACGAGAACAGGAUGGGAGUUGCUGAAAGGCAGCAGAAGCUGAGGUCUCAGUAUUUCUUUGACUGCAACUGCCUGGCUUGUCAGAAGGAAAAGCCCAGAGCCGCCGCAGGGCCCCCGUGGGAAGCGUUCUGCUGUAACAGUUGCGGAGAACUCAUGCAGGGAGGUGAUGUGCUGAGCUGUGGCCACGCGUCCUGCACGGAGUCAGCCAGCAGGGACCACCUGGUCUCACGGUUACAGGACCUUCAGCAGCAGGUUGGGACGGCCCGGAAGCUUCUCAGAAAUGGUAAAUUAGAGCGAGCCAUUCAGCUGUUGUUGGGGUGCCAGCAUGAUGCUGAGCGCUUCCUGUCAGCGGAACACAGCGUGGUGGGAGAGAUCGAAGAUGGCCUGGCCCGGGCCUAUGCUACUUUAGGGGACUGGCAGAAGUCAGCUACCCAUCUACAGAAGAGUCUCCGAGUGGUCGAGGUUCGCCACGGGCCCUCCAGUGUUGAAAUGGGCCAUGAGCUCUUCAAACUGGCCCAGGUCUUUUUCAACGGGUUUGCCAUACCCGAAGCUCUGAACACAAUACAAAAGGCAGAAAAGGUUCUAUUGGUACACUACGGCCCUUGGAAUGACGAGAUCCAGGAGCUACAGAAGAUGAAGUCGUGUUUAUUGGACCUGCCGCCCAUCCCUGUGGGGCCUCCAGUGUAGGGUCCCAAGAGAACUUUGACCCACAGGAAAGGAGCCGUGGAAGAUGAGCUGAAGCGUCUGAGGCGUGGGGAGCACUUGGAAAGCAUUGCAUUUGGAGAGAUGCUCACCUAUUUUGAUGACUGUUUCUUGAAAUUUACUGCCUGCCCUUCAGUAAAAAGUCCCAGUUCCCAGAAAAGACUUAAAACUAGUGCCUGGAGAGCCUAGCCCUUUUCAAGGAUUUUAGCUCGUCUGCAGGCCUCUGGAUGCGGGCCUGGGGUUUUGGCGUGAUGCCACCUCACUAAAGGAUGGUAGUCUGUUUCCUUGGGACAUUCCUAUGGUUUCUAGUAGUAAUGAAAUGUUGUGUACCACUCCGGCGGGAACUCAAACUCUUAGUAGUUGUAUGGUAAUUGAAAAAUAAUUGUAAAGCAAGAAAUCAGUGAGGCUCCUUACUCUAGAGACAGUUACACUUAAUGGUAUCUAACUUCCUCAGAUCCUUUGUUAAAGCCAGUGGCGCAUAAACCGUGAAUAGAGAAAUAAAUAUGGGGCCGUUUUAUGGUUGGGCAAUAUCUUCCUAGGGUGGCAACUCUAAAUUUGUUUUCUGCCGACUUUCCAGUCCUGAUGAUCUGGUUUUCAUCCUGUACUCUUGGCAGACUCAUGACCAGAUACUAAUAAAAUUAGGCGU